AUGGUUGCUUCUUGCAAUUGUUCUUUGUUUAUUUCUCAUUUGGGUUUCAACAACUUUUACACUAGCUUAAAUAACAAAAUUUGGUUAUUAUGGAAUGAUGUUCACUUUGCUCUUGAAAAUUUCCAAGAUGAUAUACAGCUUGUUUCAGUUUCUGCAAAAAUGAGAUCCCCUGAUUUUCUUUUUACAAUCUCUGCUGUGUAUGGUCUUCAUUCUCGGGUUUCUAGACUAUCCUUGUGGGAGAAGCUGGAGAGUAUGACAGGUUUAAUUCAAGGACCGUGGAUCGUUGGUGGUGAUUUCAACACUAUUAAGUUGAUUUCUGAGUAUAAGGGUGGAUCUUCACCACAUCUGCUCAGUAUGCGAGACUUCUCUAAUUGUUCUAAUUCGUGUGGUCUUGUUGAUUUACCAUUUUUAGGCAAUCCUUUUACCUGGACUGGUGUGCGCAGUUCUGGACGCGUGUGGAAGCGUCUUGAUCGCUUUAUGGCAAAUCAAUUAUUCCUUGAUUUCUUUGAUGAGAUUCAGAUCAAGCAUCUUGGUAAAACCUCUUCGGAUCAUUCCCCUCUUUUGUUGAACUGUAAUAAGAGCUUAUUCAACGCUCCUAAGCCUUUUAAAUUUCAACAUAUGUGGCUCAGUAAUCCUUCUUUUCUUCCCAUGAUUCGGGAGCAGUGGAACUCCUCUUUUUCUGGAGGGGGGAUGAAGGGUUUUCAUCUUAAACUUAAGACUCUCAAAAAUGCGAUUAGACAAUGGAACAAGACCAUUUUUGGGGACAUUUUUUCUGCUAUCAAGGAUGCUGAAGUAGCGGCUGAGACAGCUGAAAGAGAUUAUGUUGCAGAUCCUUGUCUGAAUAAUAGGAAGACAUGGCAGGAAAAACAAGCUCUCCUUCUCUAUAAACUUCAGCUUGAGGAAAUAUACUGGAAACAAAAAUCUCAUGUUAAAUGGCUAGAAGAUGGGGACUCAAAUACUAAAUUCUUUCAUAAUUAUGUCAAGCUUUCAAGGAAAUUUCAACGUAUCUCAUCAAUUAAAAACUCUGAUGGUGUUUGGCUUUCGUUGCAGGAAGACAUAGGUGAGGAGGCGGUCAAGCAUUUUUCCAGUCUCUUUCAGGAUGAAGUCAUCCAGCAAGACUGUAGCCAAAUGCUUAAGUAUCUUCCUUCAUUAAUUACGACGGAACAUAAUUUGGCUUUGGGAGCCAUUCCUACUGAUUCUGAUAUUAAAAACGCGGUUUGGCAACUUGAUCCUUCUAGUGCUCCUGGUCCAGAUGGUUUCGAUGGGAGAUUCUAUAGAGACUGUUGGUCUAUUAUUCAGUGGGAUGUUUGUAGGGCUGUCAAGGAAUUUUUUCUGGGCCUUCCGAUACCUCAAUCUUUCAGUUGCACUCAGAUUAUUCUCAUUCCUAAAGUUGAGAAUCCAUCAGUUUUCGACCAAUUUCGUCCUAUUUGUCUUACUAACUUUAUUAGUAAAAUCCUCUUGGCUAAUGAGAUGAUUCAAGAAAUUGGCAGGAAAGCAAGAGGAAACAAUAUUGCCAUCAAGCUUGACAUGGCUAAAGCCUUUGAUCGUGUCUCAUGGUCCUUCUUAGAGGCAGUCUUGUUUCGCUUUGGCUUCUCUCAACCUAUUGUUCGAUUGAUCAUAGCUAACCUUUCGGCCACCAGACUGUCAGUUUGUGUUAAUGGUAUCAAUUAUGGUUUCUUCACACCAUCUAGAGGGGUCAAGCAAGGGGAUCCUCUUUCUCCUUACUUAUUUAUUCUUGUUUCUGAAUGUUUCUCUCGCGGUUUGAUACAUCUUGUCUCUUCUGGAAAAAUUCAACCUUAUAAGCUUGCUCGCAAUUGUUCCCCUGUUACUCAUUUAAGCUUUGCAGAUGAUCUUUUGAUCUUCAUUAGGGGGGAUAAGCGUAGUUGUUUCUCUACGCGCGUUUGA